CCUAUUCAUUCCAUUACCUUCCCAAUUAUUAUACCCUCAAUACCCGUUUUCUCAUGGGUCCUCAUGUUCUGCUUAAACUAAUUUCUACCCCGCCCUGCAGUUCACGUCGUCCUCCCCUCAAUCCAAAGCCUUUGGCUAUGAAAACUGCAUUGGUGUAUUCGCUCAAACAGUCCUUCCCUGCGCAGCACCUCGGUACGAAAUCAUACAUGGCCUCACACCCGGAUCUGUAGGUAGCAUAGGUCACAUCGAUGACCUCUUUGGCGUGGAUGGCUACAAACGCACUUUUGCGAGCUCACUCCUCGUAUUUGGCGCUUUCCGCAGUUUGCACGCUGCAUGGGCCGCCCUCGAAGCACCACUCAUCAUUGCCUUGUAGCCACAGUACGCGAAAUGGGCUUGGGCUCACGCCGCGGCCCUCUAUUGGAGCACCAUGUACCUGAGCCACCACUACCUCAUUGAUGUGUGGUGCGUGUCUUGCCACUGCCUGUUUUGACUUUUUCGUGCCCGAGGAGUUGCGCAAUGAGAGCGUUAAUCCUUCCGGAGACAAACAC